AUGUUUGGAGCAACAACUUCAGUUCUGGAAGAUUUGGCUACUAAUGGAUCUACAUAUUCUCAAUGUGGUGAUGCUACUUAUGCUCUUAAAUCUUUAUUAUCAUUUGAUUUUGUUUUCAUUUUGCAUAUGAUGAAAGAAAUCAUGGGAAUCACUGAUAAACUUUGUCAAGCAUUCCAACGAAAAUCUCAAGACAUUUUGAAUGCUAUGCAUCUGAUUUCUAGUACAAAGUCAUUGAUUCAACAGUUAAGAGAUAGUAGUUGGGGAGCACUUUUGGAGAAAGUUAGUUCUUUCUGCAAUGAUCAUGCUAUUCAGAUACCUGAUAUGGGUGCUUCUUUUAGUGACAUAAUUCGGUCUCGUCGUAAAAAGGAUGUUGUCACUGUUGAACACCACUAUCGUGUUGACAUUUUUACUAGCGUGAUAGAUUUUCAAUUGAAAGAGCUAAAUAGUAGAUUUAGUGAGCAAGCAACCGAGCUCCUCAUAUUGAGUACAUCUUUAGAUCCUAAAGAUGCUUUCAAGUUAUUCAGUGUUUGCAACAUAUACAAUCUUGCAAAGAAUUUCUAUUCUUUAGAUUUUUCUAAGCAAGAAAAGAUUCAAUUAGAUUAUGAGUUACAACAUUAUGAACUUGAUGUGGUUAAAGCUCCAGAUUUUCAGAAUUUGUCUACUCUUGCUGAAUUGUGUCAAAAAUUGACAGAGACAGGAAAAUCAAAUAUAUAUCCUUUAAUUGAUAGAUUAAUUCGUCUUGUUUUGACUCUUCCUGUGACAACAGCAACAACUGAACGGGCCUUUUCAGCUAUGAAGAUUAUUAAAACAAGGCUUCGAAACAAGAUGGAAGAUGAAUUUUUAGCAGAUUGUAUGAUUGUAUAUAUUGAAAAGGAAAUUGCUUCAAAAUUCACUUCAGAGAUGAUAAUUGAUGAUUUUAGUUCCAUGAAGCAUCGUCGAGCAAGUUUAAAAAUAUCAAAAUCUUAA